ACCAAUUGAAAAUUCAAAGCAAAAGGACAGAACCUUCUCUUGAAGAUUUGCUGCUGCUUCAUCAAAGCUCUGUAACUGCACUUUCUCUCUCUUCUUUCUUCCCUUCUCUCACUAUUGAGUUGUCAGCUUGGCAACCAGCUAACCCUUAUUGCUUUACAGUGCUUUUGGGAUUAGCUAUCAAAUCCUCUAAAAGUUUCUCUACCUUUGUUUUUUUUUUUUUUAAUUUUUCUGUUCUUCCCCCUUUUUACCGUUUUCCCAAAUCGGGUUCUUCAUUUUCAUAUGACCAAGGACCUUCUUCUUCUUCUUCUUCGAUUUGAUGCAGGGAACUUUACAGAAAUGGUAGCGCUUCAUAUUUUUCUUGAUCAAUUACUGACUUAAUUCCAACAAUCGGGUGGGGUUGAUGUCUUUGAGGAUGGAACUUGCCUUUGCAGUUUUGGUAUUAGCUUUCUUGCCCUCUUUUGUAUUGCCUGAUCCUCAAGGAGACGCACUUAAUGCAUUGAAAAUUUCACUGCAUGCUUCAGACAAUCAACUCAAGGACUGGAAUCCCAACCAAGUUAACCCAUGCACCUGGUCCAAUGUGAACUGUGAUUCUAGUAAUAAUGUUGUCACUGUAACAUUGCCGAAUAUGGGAUUUACUGGAACUUUGUCCCCUAAAGUGGGAGCCUUGAAGACCCUUAAAGUGCUUUCGUUGCAAGGAAAUGCGAUAACAGGUGAGAUACCAAAUGAUUUUGGAAAUCUUACAAAUUUGGCCAACUUGAAUUUGGAGGAUAACAAUUUAAGUGGUGGAAUACCUUCUUCCCUCGGUGAUUUGAAAAGGCUUCAAUUCUUGAUUUUGAGUGGGAAUAAUCUAUCUGGAACAAUCCCUGAGUCACUUUCCAGCCUUCAGAGCUUGAUUACUCUUCAGCUAGAUUCCAAUAGUUUCAGUGGUCGGAUUCCUGAAAAAUUAUUCCAGAUCGUUAAGUACAAUUUCUCUGGAAACCACUUGAACUGCGGUCUAAAUUUCCCUCACCCUUGUGCAACUGAUAUUGAUAAUUCAGGUCCUUCACAUAAGCUUAGUGCUGGAACUAUAGUUGGAAUUGCAGGAGGAAUAAUUUUCAUCCUCUUCAUUGGUGGCUUGCUCUAUUUUAUAUGCAAGAAUAGAACAAAAGGCUACAAGCGGGAAGUUUUUGUAGAUGUUGCAGGUGAAGUUGAUCGAAGAAUUGCCUUUGGUCAAUUAAAAAGAUUUGCAUGGAGGGAAUUGCAGGUUGCCACAGACAAUUUCAGCGAGAAAAAUGUCCUUGGCCAGGGAGGUUUUGGGAAGGUCUAUAAAGGAGUGCUAUCUGAUAACACAAAAGUUGCUGUCAAACGGUUGACUGAUUAUGAAAGUCCUGGGGGUGACGCAGCUUUCCAGCGUGAAGUUGAGAUGAUUAGUGUUGCAGUUCACAAGAAUCUUUUACGACUAAUUGGAUUCUGCACAACACCAACAGAGCGCCUUUUGGUGUAUCCUUAUAUGCAGAACUUGAGUGUUGCUUAUCAAUUACGAGAGAUAAAACCUGGGGAGCCAGUUUUGGAUUGGCCCACCAGAAAACGAGUGGCUUUGGGUACAGCGCGUGGUUUGGAGUACUUACAUGAACAUUGCAACCCUAAGAUCAUUCAUCGGGAUGUUAAGGCUGCUAAUGUAUUACUUGAUGAAGACUUUGAAGCAGUUGUUGGAGACUUUGGCUUGGCAAAGUUGGUUGAUGCUAGAAAGACUAAUGUGACAACUCAAGUUCGAGGGACAAUGGGCCACAUAGCACCUGAAUACUUGUCCACAGGGAAGUCAUCAGAAAGAACUGAUGUUUUUGGCUAUGGAAUCAUGCUCUUGGAAAUUGUGACAGGCCAACGGGCGAUUGACUUCUCGCGUUUGGAAGAGGAAGAUGAUGUUUUAUUGCUUGAUCAUGUGAAAAAGCUGGAAAGAGAGAAAAGACUGGAGGCUAUUGUGGAUCGCAAUCUGAAUAAUAAUUAUGAUCUCCUAGAGGUAGAAAUGAUGAUCCAGGUUGCAUUGCUUUGCACCCAACAAUCACCAGAUGAUCGCCCGUUGAUGUCAGAGGUGGUGCGGAUGCUUGAAGGAGAGGGACUGGCUGAGAGGUGGGAAGAGUGGCAGACUGUCGAAGUUACUCGUAGGCAAGAGUAUGAAAGAAUACAAAGAAGAUUCGACUGGGGUGAAGAUUCCAUUUAUAAUCAGGAUGCUAUUGAGUUGUCUGGUGGAAGAUGAUACGAGGUAAUGAAUUAGUGCUCAUUCCCUCUUAUAUUAAAAGCAUGUAAUAUUCUUUUUGGUAGGUUAGCUUGAUGAUUCCUAAAGUAACACUUUGAUAUUUUUGAUUUACAAAAUCAUGGCCGUAAUAUUUUCAGUCGUGGUGGUUUUCUAGCACACUUCAUUUUUUGUUUUACCAUUUAGAAUGCUAAAUUGUAUAUUUGUUCUGGGUAAACUAUGCAAGUGUGCCGAAUUUUAGAAUACAAAACCUGUCUUAAAGUUUGUAUGA